AUGGACCGAAUAAAAUUCCCUCCUUCUAAGAGCCAUUAUACAAUCAAGCUAACAACCUGUUUCCAGUGCGUGGCCAACGACCAAGGAUCCCGCGACACCCCGUUGACUGUAUACAACCGCACAGCCUCACGGGCAGAAGUCUUCUGCGCACAAAAGCCCAACACCGAAGCUGCAUCAAGUCUCGAAGAAUCCAUCACCACCAGAGACCUAUUUUCAUCUGCGUAG